CACAUUCCACCACCUGCCUGCCCUUAUCUGGUUGUGAAAGAAGUAUCAACUGUUUCUAACCGUGGGUUGUCCUGGUACCUGCUGUAAUGCAUACUGCAGCCAUGGAACCAGCUCAAUCAAGGCUAGGGACGCUCAGCGUCGAGCUGAUAAUUCAUAUCAUCAACUAUCUGGAUGGACCUGACCUCCUCGCAUUGCUACAAACCGAUCGUCGUUUAUCGGCCGCAUCAUUGCCUGCCGUUGGCGAUUUCUACUUCAAGCGCCUCGACACCAACCUUACCCGAGAGAGCAUUUCUCGAGUGCUCGGCGCCGCGCGCUUUGAGCGGUUUCGCCACCGCGUUCGUGCCCUACACAUCUCCCCCUGGAGCCCGGUCGUCGAGGGCACCUACGAUUGCACCGUGGAGCGCCCCCGGCCCGUCAGGGAGCACGACUGGCAGCGCGAUGCCGCCGGCCGCCUGGACCUGACGACGCCGUAUGCGGUGGCACUGCUCGAGUGCAUCCGCGACGGCUUCCCCAACUGCCGAACCUUCGUGGUCGACGACAGCCUGUCGGCGGUCCCCGACUCCCGGCUCUCCGUCGUCCCGACUUGGCUUUACCCGACCGACGGGGUCGCCAUCGUGCUGGCCCUGGCCGCCGACCCGGCCAACCCCUCGCCCGUGCAGUCUCUCACCCUGUAUUUUAGCCGCAAAAAGGACGCCCUGCAGGAGCACUUACUCCAGCCGGGGGCAGUGCGCGGCGGAAACUGGAACGCCCUGCAUACCCUCCGCUUCAUCGUGAGUGAUGUGGUCACUGGCCCGAGCCCUGACCCCGCCGUCGACGAGCAGCCGUUUAUUCAUGCCUUACUUUCGUCGUCUCCCAAUUUAAAUACCUUCGUUUUCGGAGGCAGCCCCGAGGUGGAGAAGUCAUGCAUCGAUGGCGUGUGUCAACAAGCGCCGUCACCUUGCAGCAUCCGCCACCUCUCCAUGAAAGACUAUAGUCUCCACACAAGCGGUCCCAUCCCGCCGGUCUGGUUAGACCAGCUGUUUUCGGGACUUGAUGGCGACAAGCUCCAGUCUUUGAACUUCAAAGGCAUACACCUCCAGACCGAGCCAGGCUGUGAUCCGUGGGUGCCGAUACUGUUCAGUAUAAAGAGCGAAUUCCCCUACCUGCGGUCCUUUACUACGAUGGGCAAGUGCGGGAAAUACACAGGCGGUUGCGGGGAUGACUCCCCGAAUUUCUUCUGCCCCCUUCUCCGGCACCUCACCGACAGGCUAGGGGCGGCCAGCUUCGACUACCCAUGCAGCAAUGCCUGCUCCGAGGGCAACUUCUGCCCGAGCGUCCCUGACGAGCACGGCGGCAGCUUUCAGUUCCACUCGACCAUAAGCGGCGGGAGGAUGUUUCCGGAAGAGCGCAAACUCGGCAUGGCGUACCGGGUACCCAGGUACGCCAGGUUGCGCAGUCUACACGAGCGUGGCGUGCGAAGACUGCUCGGGGAGGAAGGGCUCGUACGACUCCAGGGACAGAUGCUGGGGUGGGCACCCGUUUCGCCCAAGCAGAUAUACCGCUGA